CAGCAAAGUGACGUCAGGUGAAGCGCUCCAAUCUCGCGAGGUUUCCAUCAUUGCCGGAUUGUCACGCUCGGUACCGGCGCUGGUAUCUGUUGUGGCGCUCACUGGCUGCCGUUUGUGCUUCUCCAUCUACUUCUACAGCGUCUGACCUGAUAGAAGCCGUUGAGCGUGUGGCUGUCUGGCUCCUUCCGUCCGGCCCAUUGCCGCAUUGAGCCGCGCCCAGGCCCCUCCUGUCAUCUCACGUAUAAGACAUGGCCGACCCCAAAUACGCCGACCUGCCAGGCAUAGCCAGGAAUGAGCCAGAUGUCUAUGAAACAAGUGAUUUGCCUGAAGACGAUCAAGCUGAGUUUGAUGCGUUUGCACAAGAGCUGGAGGAGCUUACUAGCACUAGCGUAGAACACAUCAUUGUCAACCCCAAUGCAGCUUAUGACAAAUUUAAGGACAAGAAAGUUGGCACCAGAGGUUUAGAUUUUUCAGAUCGGAUUACCAAGUCCAAGAGGACAGGCUAUGAAUCCGGGGAGUACGAAAUUCUUGGGGAAGGAAUAGGAAUAAAAGAAACACCACAGCAGAAGUACCAGCGGUUGCUGCAUGAAAUCCAGGAACUGACGCAAGAAGUAGAAAAGGCACAGAGCACAGUGAAAGAAUCUGCUGCUGAAGAGAAACUGACCCCGGUUGCAUUAGCCAAACAAGUAGCUGCUUUAAAACAGCAGUUAGUGUCCACUCAUUUAGAAAAACUACUGGGCCCAGACGCUGCCAUCAACUUGACCGACCCAGAUGGUGCCCUGGCAAAGCGUUUGCUGACUCAGUUGGAUGUGGCCAAAACUAGAAAAAAUCCUGAAGGAAAAAGCCCUGCAAAGGGUCCUGGCCCAGAUAAUGAGAACUUUGUGACUUAUGAGUUGCAUUGUCGUCCUGAGCAAAACAAGUUCUCUCAGGCUGCAAAGAUGGCUGAGCUAGAGAAGCGCUUGGGGGAGCUGGAGGCUGCUGUGCGAAAUGAUCAGGACACUCAGAAUCCCCUCACUGUGGGACUUCAAGGAUCUUGUUUGAUGGACACAGUUGAAAUUCUACAGGCUAAAGUCAAUUUGUUGGAUGUAGCAUCUCUGGACCAAGUGGAGGCCAGACUACAGAGUGUCUUAGGGAAAAUGAAUGAAAUCGCUAAGCACAAAGCGGCCAUUGAGGAUGCAGACACUGAAAGCAAGGUGCACCAGCUCUAUGAGACCGUGCAGAAGUGGGAUUCCAUGUCUAGCACCUUGCCGCAGGUUGUCCAGAGGCUGCUCAUGUUAAAGCAGCUGCACGAGCAAGCCAUGCAGUUCGGACAGCUUCUCGCCCACUUGGACACUACACAGCAGAUGAUAUCAAACUCUUUGAAGGACAAUACCAAUGCAUUAGCUAUGGUCCAGAAGGCCAUGAAGGAGAACCUGGCCACAGUGGAAGACAAUUUUACCAGUAUUGAUGCGAGAAUAAAGAAACUAAGUAAAUGAGUUGCACUUCUUCACCACAAACCUCAUUCCCUAUAAUACCAAGGAAACAAGAGUUUCUGCAGACUCUGCACUAAGAAAUCAACUCCCUCCCCAACCAAGAGAGGUUUUACCAUUGUACAUAUUAUGUCUUGUUACUCUCUCUCCUCCCCCGUUUCUCCUGAGAAUGCUUAGAGGCUUCUCCUGUACCUGCCCAUGCACGGACACUCACUCCACCCUUAAUAUCAGGUGCUGUGUCAGAUCUGAUCUCUUAGGGAAUAUGGUGUAUCUUUCAAGCUACCAUGUUUGCAUGCCCGGUACAUGCGGUGCGCCACCUGCAGUGUCUGAGGAGAACAUCCAUAGACCUUUUAUUUAUGUAUGUAUAUCGUUCUUGUCCUCUUUCUAUUGUUACACAGCCACCAUCAAUGCAUUACAUAUACUGCAACGUCCAGCAAAAAAAAGAGGCUAAAUGCCACCUUAACAGCAUUGAUGUCAUGAGACAAUGCCUUACUCUAACUGCCACCUGAUCAUUACUGUUAGUAAAUUCUGUUAGUUACUUCUUAACCUCCCUAGACUUUAUAGCCUCUUACUGCUUCUUAUAUAAAACUUAUCUUUCAAAAAUA